AUGUCUGCUGGCGAUCUUGCCUUGCUAGCCGUCUCACUGGGAUGGGCGCCACGUGAUUCGCCCUUAUUGGCGUCUGCCCGGUUUCCCUCCACCCUAGUUCCUCUGUUUAUCUGGCUUUCUCUCUGGCCACAGCUGCCGCCAGGCCUCCUUGCCCUGCCCUUCCGCGCGCACCCCGCCUGCCGCGCCCUCUCCCCGUCACCAGCGCUUGUCCCCGAGUUCCUACUGGCGGGUUUCCCGCCGCUGCCUCCGCUGCGCGUUCUCGCAGCAGCCUCUGCCGCGCUGUUCCUUCUCGGCGACGGUCAAUCACGGUCACCUGCUCUUCUUCUACGACCGCCGCCCCGUCUUUCGCUUCGGCCCCCGCCCGUUCCACUCUUUCGUGGGGCCGAUCCGCUACGUUCCCCGUACCUGAUGACGGGUAGGCGCCGACCGCCUUGGCGUGAGGUGAUCGUGGCGGCGGGAUCUCCUGCUGCGCCCACCCUACCAGCGGCCCCGGGCGGGCAGGUGCCAGCCCUGUUCCGAGCCGUCGCGGACUGCCUGACUGCGGGUGUUGGCGCCGCAUCUUCUUCGAGCGCGCCUGCUCGGCCACGGGAGCCGGUGUACUGCUCCCCGCGUGGGCUCACUUAUCCGUUUCUCCGUGCGCGCGGCCAUUCGUUCCGUCGUCGUCGCCCCCCUCGCCCGCCCCUGUCCGGCCAGGCUCGUCCUCGACCUCAGCUACACGCGCCGGCCACACGGUCCCAGCCGUUGCAGCUACCUUCGGCCUGGUCUCAGUCCGCAUCGUCCCGCUCGGAGGCGCCGGCGCAGUCUGCGCCGCUAGCCCCUCUGCCGCAGCCUCCCCCUCUAGCGCCGGAGUCGGCGUUGCCUCCGGUGACAUGUCCUUCCGUGCCCGUCCCUCCGCCGCCUCAGCCCGAUUCCGCACCUCUGGUUGGCGCGCAGGCGCAUCCCCCGACGUCUGCCCCAGAGCCCGACGCAGGCGCGGCGCCGCCACCUCCUCAGCCGUCCGCUCCGCCUCACGCGCCGCCCGCGUCGGGGCCGACUCCCGUUGCGCCGCUUGCAUAUUCGUACCCACCCCGGUUAGAUUUGGCGGAUCUCACACCUCUUGGCCCCCGGGGGCUUCCUCUCCCUGUUCCCGCUCCUCAUGGGCCUCAGCCCCAGCACCCUCUAGUUCCGGGGUCUCGCCUCCCUGCGGCUCGGCUUGGAUUUCAUCAGCCUGUGCCUGGAAUCUCCCGCGGCUACUGGAGCGAAGACGAGGUGCCUGGCACCACUCAUGACCCUGAGCCGCGGCCUGGAGACGGGGCUUACCAGUCCCGUGGCAUGCACCUGGCGGAGGUUGGCCGCUGCGUGACAGAGCUGUCGUUCGUGCUUGACCUCCUGCAUGGCGCCCUUCACUCGCGGGAGGUGGUGGCGCGGGAUCCGCAGAUGAAAGAAGACCAGCAGGGACGGGUGCGACGUGCAGUGUCGAGUGCGCUGUGGGAUGUCCUGCAUCUGCCGCUUGAGCCUGCGGACCCAUUGCUGGACGAUGGGACUGGCGCUGCGACUUUCCGCUUGGUAGCCAAGGCUGCUGAGGAGUCCCGGCUUGGGAUCGUCCCUGCGAUCGCGUGUGUGCUCCGGUAG